AUGGACGUACUCGGUGAAAAUGAGGCCCUGCAGCAGUUUUUUGAUGGGCAGGAUGUCAGUGGUGUAUUGGACAAUGCGGCAGUCGACACCAGCAUUCUAGAGCAAUAUCUGAGCAAUGACAUUGACCCCACUUUUAUGUUACCCGAAUCACCUCCAGAUUCAGGUUCAGAACCUUGUUCACCUCCACAAAUUUCAGAUGUCCACUUUGGCUCUGACUCAUCCACUGAACAUCUGGGUCCUGGCCUGCACAUACCAAAAGGACAGACUCCUGCUCAUUUCUGUCAUCUUAAAGCAACACUGUCCCCUCAGUAUUAUUUAGGAAACUCCAUGAAGCAAAUAAAGACCAAAUCACCUGCUACAGCUCAGAUUGUAUGUGAUUCCUCCUUACACAAUUCAUACAGUAGCCCAGCUGAGAGCAGUAUUCAGACCUCCAUGCUACCAGUACAGCAUCCUAUAGAUGCAAUCAGAGACUAUACAGAAGCUGCCACUUCCAACACAUCCACAUGCCUUUUACCUCAUGGUGUAUGUGUGGAUCCGUACAUGGCCUCCAAACCCAGCCUGAACACAGGACAAAUAUUACCUGAAAAGAAUAAGAGAAAGCGGUCAAACUCUUUGGAUGUAAACACAGAUGACAGCCAAUGGAGAGACCCAGUUUGGACCAAGCCUUCAUUUUGUCCUGACAGGGGUAUGUGUGAAAUGUCAGGCUAUGAUGGUGAUGUCCAUGCAUCAAGUCCAGCAAUGACAUACCAGCUACUGAAAUGGGACCGAUAUCAACCAAAUCAGUGGAGCAGCCUCUAUAACAGCAGCUACCAAACUCUCCCUCCACCGGGUUACCAUGUGGACACAGAUAAAGGUUUCAGUUACUCGACAGCUGAUGAGGCAUUUGUGUGCCAGAAGAAAAACCACUUCCAAGUGACAGUACAUAUUGGGAUGGCUGGAGACCCCAAAUAUGUGAAGAUACCAGCAGGUCCUAUGCCUGUAGAUGGCUUCCAAGUGAAAAUCUUCGGAAUCAAGCUUGAGGCUCAGAACCAUCACAUCACCAUCGAGCAGUCACAGUCAGACCGCAGCAAAAAACCUUUCCUGCCAGUCCAAGUAGACUUGCCUGGAAAUAAAAUCACCAAGAUUACGCUUGGAAGAUUACACUUUGGUGAAACCACUGCUAAUAACAUGAGGAAGAAAGGCAAACCCAAUCCUGACCAGAGGUACUUCCUACUGGUUGUCGGACUUUAUGCUACAGUCAAAGACAAGAGUUACCUGCUGGUUGCAAACAUAUCUGAGAGAAUCAUUGUCAGGGCCUCGAACCCAGGGCAGUUUGAGAAUGACAGCGAGGUGCUCUGGGUAAAAGGACAGAUUCCAGACUCAGUGGUGUGCCAGGGACUGGUGGGGAUCAACACCGAUGCCCCAGAUGAGGCACUGGUGGUUUGCGGAAAUGCCAAGAUAAUGGGCACAAUCAUGCACCCCUCAGAUAUCAGAGUGAAGGAGAAUGUCAAAGAGGUGGAUUCAACUGAACAGCUGAGAAGAAUAGCCCAGAUGAGAAUUGUUGAAUAUAACUACAAGCCCGAGUUUGCAUCAAAGAUGGGCAUUGAUCAGGUGCAUGAAACAGGCAUUAUAGCACAAGAGGUGAGGGAGCUGCUUCCUACAGCAGUGAGAGAAGUAGGAGAUGUUGCUUACUCUGAUGGACAGAAAAUCCACAACUUCCUCAUGGUGGACAAAGAGCAGAUCUUUAUGGAGAAUGUAGGGGCUGUAAAAGAGCUCUGCAAGCUUACUGAUAACCUGGAGACACGCAUUGAGGAUCUCGAGGUGUGGAACACUCGCCUGGCCAAGCUUAAGAACCUGGAGAGCAUGCACUCCAAAAGCACUGCUGCAAAUAAGCGCCAAACAUCAGUUUCCCCCCAAAAGCCCUCGCCACCAAAAUUUAGCAAAGAGUAUGUACGUGAGAAAUACCAGAACUGCCUCCAGCACAGAAUAUUCCAAGUGAUUAUUGUUCUGCUUGUGGUAACUAUGGCUUUUUGUGCCAUCUGUAUCACCACACUCUACACACUCACAUUAAGAGAAGACGUGGAUUUUGAUUCCAGUAUGUAUCCAAACUCUACUACUACAGAAACAGUGACUACAGUUUCAAUUACUACUUCCCCUGGCUCUUGGCCACCAGAUGUUGAUUUCUCUAGCGUGUUUUACUCGGAUGAAGUUUAUUGCUGUCAACAUACUACAUUCAACAAACACAUGUCUGUCACAACAGGCUCAACUGUUGACCCAGGCUUUCAUAAAACACCUUCUCAUACCAAACCCAGUCUGAAAGCUAAUAUACCAUGGAACUGGUUACGACACGAUAGCGAUUGGAAAAACACAACCAUUAAGUCGAUCCUUAUCACUCAAAACCAGCAGGUUAUAGACCACCGUUACAUAGACCAGGAGAACUCUCGGAAAGGGAACUACAGCUAUCGGAUCCCCAUUAGUAAACACAUUCCAAUCAACAUGCCAGUCACUCUGCAGAUGAACACUACUGAGUUGUUAGUGACUCACCUGUGUGCGUACGAUCUGAGGGAAGACUGCACUGCUGUAAUAGACUAUAAUGACUCUGAAUUCCACAGCACCCCCAACACACAGGGGUAUGUACACGAAUGGCCCCUGUCAGUCGCUCGACAUUUCCAAUCAUCUUACCACUUCCGUAUCUCAGUAGCGGGUCAGGCUCACUGUUCUACAGACCCCAACUAUGUGGGAAUGCUGUUUACUGACUACCAUUUCUAUUUCUACCGCCGCUGCCAGUGA